AAUCAUUUGCUGUAUGAUUUGGCUCUCAGACAAGUAUAUAAGGCCAGAUGUCCCCUCUCUGAACGCAGUGGCUGAGGGUCUCCGAUCACACUGAGACAAAAUGGGCAGGAUCAUCUUCUACGAGGACAGGAACUUCGGGGGGCGCUCCUAUGAGUGCAGCAGCGACUGCGCCGACCUGCACUCCUACUUCAGCCGCUGCAACUCCAUCCGAGUGGAGAGCGGCUGCUGGAUGGCGUACGAGCGCCCCAACUACAUGGGCUACCAGUACUUCCUGCGCAGGGGCGAGUAUCCCGACUACCAGCGCUGGAUGGGCUUCAACGACUCCAUCAGGUCCUGCCGCUUCAUUCCUCACUACCAAGGCUCCUACAGGAUGAGGAUCUACGAGAGGGAAGGCUUCGGAGGCCAGAUGAUGGAGUUCAUGGACGACUGUCCCAAUGUCUACGACCGCUUCCGAUACAAUGACAUCCACUCCUGCAAUGUGAUGGAGGGAUACUGGAUGUUCUAUGAGCAGCCCAACUACAGAGGCAGGCAGUACUUCAUGAGGCCCGGAGAGUACAGGAGGUUCAGCGACUGGGGAGGCAUGAGCCCCAGGAUCGGCUCCUUCCGGCGCCUCAUGGACUUCUGUUAAAUAAGGAAAUAGUGUAAAAUUCCUGCAUUUUGCAGAUUUGUCUUAAAUAAAAUGAAAAUGUGUUGCGAA